UGCGAGAGUGUGAUAUUCUCUUUGCCUUACCGAUAAACAUUUGACAAUGGCCUCUCGGAACACCCUCCGCCGGGCCUUGCUUUACGUGCCCGGCUCUUCGCAGCGGUUCCUCGACAAAUCCCGCUCCCUGGUGGCCGACUGCGUUGCGUAUGAUCUGGAAGAUAGUGUGACGCCGCACAAAAAGGCAGAGGCGCGGUCUCUGAUCCGGAGAGCGCUCGACCAACCCGCUCCGGCAGGAAUUCGAGAACGCGCAGUACGGAUCAAUUCUGUUGAGAGUGGAUUGGCGCUGGGUGAUCUUACGGAGGUGUUACAAUCGCCCAACCUGACUACCCUCGUUGUUCCCAAAGUGAACUCGCCCUCGGACCUCACCUUCGUCACGGACGUGAUAUCACACACGCUGUCCCAGCAACAAUCAUCACGGGAAGACCGCGCACCCAUCUCUAUUUUAGCACUGAUCGAGUCAGCCAAAUCAAUCACCAACCUCCGCGAGAUCUGCGCCGCAACCCCGCUCCUACAAGGCCUCAUCUUCGCCGCCGAAGACUUCGCCCUCGACCUAAGCCUCACGCGUACCCCGUCACUGACGGAAUUCCUGUUCGCCCGCUCCGCAAUCGCCACAGCCGCCCGCGCCGCCGAGCUGCCCUCGACGAUCGACCUCGUCUGCACGGCGUAUAAAUCCGAGCGUGCCCUCGCAGGCCUGGAAGAAGAGUGCCGCGGGGGGAAACAGCUAGGCUUCAAUGGGAAACAGUGCAUCCAUCCGUCACAGGUGGAAACCGCCCAGCGUAUUUUCGGCCCAGAUCCGGACGAGGUCGAAUGGGCGGUGCGGGUCGUCGUUGCGGACGAGAAGGCUGCGGCUGCGGGGCGUGGCGCCUGGACGCUCGAUGGUAAGAUGAUCGAUGUCCCUGUUGCAGAGAAGGCGAGGGGGGUCGUCCGGCGAGCGGAGGAGUGCGGGUUUGACGUGUUCGCUGUACGAGAGAAGUGGAAGGGGGAGGAGCCAGAAUAGUUGGACCCCUUUUUAAUGUGAAUAUAAUCAAAAUGGUUUAUGUACUGUUGUGCUAGUAUUACUACUUCGCUAUAUAUCUGCUCGAUUAAGAGGAUAUCUGCAAAAUGACAAAGCACGCUAUGCUCGGGGCAAAUAUACUCAAUCAUCGCGCUUCAAAAGCUGGAUCUUGCCCAUGGUCAGAACUGGCACAGCAGUGGUUCCAUCGUCGCUACCCUCGCCUGCAAAGCGAUCAGUGCUGGUACUGGUACUAUUGCUGCUGCCGCUGCCGCUAGCAGCCAGCUUCUUGUCGUAGCUUGCAGGGUCGAUGCCGAGGAUCCCACCGACGUAUCCACCGCGCUCGCCAGGGACGCUGAACUCGCGGAACAGAUACUUCCACUCAUUCAGCCAGGCUUUGACGGCUUUACCGAUCUUGUCC